AUGGGUAUCAAGGGGUUGUGGGAUGCCGUUGCGGCUGCUGGUGUUUCCGCUCGAGUUGAGCUUUUGCACGGUAAGAAGGUAGCAAUAGACGCAAGUUUUUGGAUUGGACAUUGUCUUGCAUCUGAGCUUGCGGUACGAAGAGGCAGCGACAUAUAUGGCGUAUUUUUUUUAAGGAUUUGUUACUUGCUUGAAAAGCGCGUAUUCCCAAUUUUCGUAUUCGACGGACGUACACCUGGAGCCAAGCGUCGCACAUUAUUGCUACGUAAUAUGUCAAGGGCACGUCGUACACGCAACCUUAAGUUGUUAGCAUUUAAGGCAUUGGCAGUACAGAUGAAGCAUCUUGCUAAGUCAGGCAAUAAACGUUUGUUCAAACCUGCUAGCUUUAUGAAACGCAGAAGCGCGAUUCCAAUGCAUGAACUUCGCAAGAUAUCAGCUGAUUUAGAUGACUUAGAAACUGCAAAAGUGUCUGACCCUGGCCCAAUGCUUGCACUGGAGGAUGUAGAAUCCCGCAAUUCUACUCAUGAAGAGCCCCUGUUCUCUUCCGAUGGUGAACUGGAGGAAAACACAAGUUUGGAUGCUGUGUGUGAUUCUGACAUGCCCACAUCCAGCACGGGAUGUAACAUCAAUAUCUUGACGAUGCCACGGUCGUAUAGGUCGCUUAAAACGAUGUUACAGUCUGGCGCCACCGUGGAUAUAACAUCGAAUACCGAAGAUAGAGAAAUAGAUAGCUCAUAUUUCGAUAGUAAUCUUGCAUUUCGUUCUCGUGGCAAGGGUACUAAUCGUCCAAAGCGACGGAUCGAGCUACCACUAGACUGCACGAUAAAUCCUGAAUGUUAUCAGCGUCUACCGGCCGAUGUACGCUACCAGAUAAUGCAACAGAUAAAGGACGCCUGGAUGUACGAUGAUCGUGUCAAUUUGCAGCGUUUGGAAUCAUCCUUGAGUGCAUUUUCAAAUCUUCAGGUCGAGAGUUACUUGCGUGAUGUUGAAAUUAACCGUGAGGUUGAGAAGAUCAAGCGCUCGAUUGUACAUGAUACCCUCGCUAACGGUAUUGUGAAGAUCGAAUCCACUAUGAAUUUGGAAGUUUUACCGGGUGAUUCUUUCGAAGGUGCUAUUCACGAUUACAACAGCUUAGAGUGCAGACCACGUCGUAAACGAGGUUUUCUGAACGACCUGAGUUUAAACAUGCAACCUGAAUUAGGUGAAAAAUCGGUAUUUAAAAUGGUUAAAUCAGAGCCAGUGAUGUUAGACGACUCCUUAUUCUUGGGUGACAGUGAACUUUUCGGUGACCUAGUUAAGUCUGAAUCUGAUGAUGAAUUUGAGGUCAUUGACCAACGUCCUCCUGCAAAGUCUCUGAACGAUUUCGUCGUAUUUGAGGAGGCGGCUCUGGUAAAGUUGGAACGACCGGAUGACAUCUACGGAAAAUUAGACACUGAAUCUGUCAAAGUACCCAUUGACAAGAGUCCAUUGGAUGAAGUGUUCACUUACUGUGAAGAGAAGGCAUCUUCUGAAGUACCAGCAAAACGUAGGCACGAGGCAGACCUCUAUGAAACAAUAGACUCCCAAGAUGACCCUUGUGGUUUUGAGUCCUUACCAGAAGCGGAUAUUGGCACUAUUGAGGAGGAUGACUCACCAGGAAUUCUCUCUCCGAAUUUAUAUAAGGCCGAGGCACCAUUGUCUGCUUCUCCCGACGAUUCGCAGGAUUCUUGCAGCUCCACUUCUGCCUUACAUGAUGACUUGGAUACCGCGGACGCCGAUGUCGAGCCAGCCUAUCGAUUAUUAGAUACGUGUACCGAUGCCAGUGUUUCCAGAUCACCCGUUCCGGCCGAUAACGGUUCCGAGGAUGCUGCAGCAGAAAGUUCCAAAUACUCAGCUACAUCCUAUCCUACGUCGGCAUCCGGUGCAAUUGUUGCUGCUGUCGAAGAUGGUGCAGGAGAUAGUGAGCGUCGUACCGACGAGAGCACCUACAUGUACACCAAUGAAUGGGAAUACCGAAAUUUUUUGCGUAUGGAGAAACUGUUUUCACACGUAGAUAGAAGCCAGUACCGUAUGGAUGAGUGGGACAAGGUUCCUGAGUUGCUGGAUCUUUUUGGUGUACCAUUUUUAGUUGCUCCCUCUGAGGCUGAAGCACAAUGCGCGCACCUAAACAACCUAGGGCUGUGUUUUGGUGUGAUUUCUGAUGAUUCAGACACCUUAGCGUUUGGUGCUCGUCGUGUUUUUAAGAAUUUUUACAAAGGCGGUGUGUUUGAGGUAUACGUAGCAGAUCGUAUAGUACGAGAAUUGGGCCUUGCUCGUGAGCAGAUCGCGCUUUUGGCUAUAAUUUGUGGUUGUGACUAUACUCCAGGUGUUCGUGGUAUUGGUGUGGUUAAUGCGCUGGAAGUGAUCAAGGCAUUUCCUACGUUUGAUGAAUUAUACGAGUUCCGUCGCUGGGCAACAAGUGACUGUGAUAUUGCGACUGUAACUGAGGAUUCUUGUCCUAUUAAGCGUGCAUACAAAGAAUCUCAUGUGAAUUAUCGUUUACAUUGGUCUUUUGGAAGUGAUUUUCCCAAUCGUGAGGCUUACAAUUUAUUGCUUUCCCCUGUUGUGUCUAGUACUUUUGAACCGCGAUGGAAAGCUCCGCGCUAUGAUGAGUUAUUAAGUUUUAUGGAAAAGCACUCAUCUCUUCCACUUUCUGAGGUAUCUACAUGUUUGUCUAAGCUACGUUGCCAGGACCCAUUCGACGGAUACAUUUUGGAGGACUUCGUGCCCGAGAUCCAUUCACAUUCAUCGCGUAAGGGCCGUCAUAGCUUAAAGUGUAACAGAAAGCUACUACAGGAUCGUAUGCGUUCAUUUCGUGAAUUUUUAUCGGCGCGUGAGCGUAGGAAGUCGCGUAAGGCGGGUGCAUCUAAACCCGUGCCCCGGUCUUCCGCGGAGUCCCACAACCGUGUGGCUUACAUUCGUUCAAAGCGUAUGCUGGAGUCCAUUGAAGGCCUUAAGAAAAGGGUUCAGGGUGAUCGCGUGGUACGGCAUUAG